AUGAGUCGAACUAAGGUAGAUUUAGUAACCUGUUAUGUUGGUUUCAAAAAGGUUAAUUGUAAUCUAAGUCCUGGAUUCCAAUUUUCUAUGUGUUCAGAUAAAACACUUAAUCAACUUGGAUUUAAAAUUGAUAGACCAAUAAGCUCAGAAGAUAGAGAAAUGAAAUUUUUCAGCGAAAUGACAACAACGCCUGUUGGAUGGUCCAAGGUUUCAUUUGUUUUUAAAUCAGAUAAAAAGCGUAAAUCAAUUAUUACUAAUACUGAAGUUCUAGUUGUAAAACAUAAUCAUAAUAUGGAUGAUGAAAUCUUACUUGGUUCUCCUUGGUUUAUGGGACGAUCUUUGGAUGAUGAAGAACUUCAAAUCUAUACUGCUAGAAUUGUUAUUGAUAUGCCUGACAGUUGUGUCAGAACAAAUCUUUACAUUAAAAGCCUUAAAGGGUAUAAAAAUAAAUGGGUUUGUAUUCCUGUUGAUGUAAAAAUCCGAUAUCAUUAUGAAAAUUCUGAUACAAGUUCUGAUACAAGUUCAGAUACUGAAAAUGAUGUAAGAAUAACUCGAGCUUCAAAAAAAAGUUAUAAAUCAUGUUAUGAUUCAAGUUCAGAAUUUA